AUGGCGUCGAGCUCGACUCCCUCUGUGAGGGACCACGCCUCCGGAAGGCUCAAGAGGGCUGCUUCUACUCUCGCCGAGGAUACGCAGUCUCUCGUCAGCGAAAUCAAAAAAGCCUUCACAAUGGUGAAAAAUAUUGCAGUUGAUCUGGAAAGAGAGAAGGAAUCGACAAAGGAGCUUGAAACACUAGCAGUUCAGUUGUCAGAAUCUUGUGAUAACUGUAUCCGUCAUGCAUCAGCAAUUCAUACUGUGGGAAAUGAAUAUCAGCCUACCUCAGAGUUCACUGAUUUCAAAAAGUUGCUUGACGAGCAAUUUAUGAAGCUCAAGGCUAUGCCUUCACAGAAUGAUCGACUAAUCCGUCAAUUUCAGGAAGCUGUUUGGAAUGUUCAUCAUAAAGGUCAGCCAAUGCCGGGUGAGGAGGAGGAGGAUAUCGUGAUGACAAGCACCCAGUCCAACCUGCUGAAUGUGAAAUGUCCUUUAAGUGGCAAAAUGAUUACUGACCUAGCAGAACCAGUUAGAAGUAUGGACUGCAAGCACAUCUAUGAGAAGGAGGCCGUCAUCGCUUACUUACCCCGGAAUGGAAAUAAAAAACAAUGCUGCAUAGCAGGUUGUCCCAAGUUCCUGCAAGCCCAUAGGCUAGUAUGUGAUCCUUUUCUGCUGACUGAAAUUGACGAAUUACGCUCAAUGAAUCAACAAACCGAACAGGCUCAAAACGUCGAAGAUUUCACUGGACUUGACGAUGAAGACUAG